GUUUCUGCCGCCCGGGUUUGUCUAAUUGGUCCAGACGCUGCACCAGCGAAGAGCUGCCCAGGAGUUCCUCGCUGGCCACCCCCGCGGCCCGCAGCUCGGCAGAGGCGGGAAAGUGGCGCGCCUGCGCUGUGGGAUCUGGGGCCGGAGGCGAAAAGCGGAGAACGGAGGGGGCCGUAGGAGCUGAGUAGCGUACAGAGAGCGGCGUGUGACGCGGGGACGCCGCGCGCUCCCAACGUCGCCCCGGUUUGACGCACACGGCACCAAACUGUUUGAUUUAAUUUCGGAUGAGGUUAUUCUUGCAGCGAGAUGUUAAUAAAACAAAACCUAGACUAAAUGUAUUAAAUGGACUUGCCAACAAUAUGGAUGAUAUGAAGAUAAACACCGAUAUUACUGGUGCUAAAGAAGAACUUGUAGAUGGCAACAAUUUUAUCUUGGAGAAAGAAAGUGGAGUUCAUAAACCAAAAGAUUGUCAAACAUCAUUUCAGAAAAACAAUACGUUGACUCUGUCUGAAGAACUGUCGAAGGACACAUCUGAAAAAGCCUUAAGCGGAGGCCAGUCUACUCUGUUUAUACAUGCUGGUGCUCCUACUGUUUCUAGUGAAAACUGUAUCUUGCCUAAAGGAGCUGUUGUUAAUGGACCAGUUUCACACUCCUCCUUAACUAAGACUUCCAAUAUGAAUAAAGGCAGUGUUGCAUUAACCACUGGACAGCCUGUGGACCAGCCAUCAACCGAAUCUUGUUCAACUUUGAAGGUGGCAGCUGAUCUUCAGCUGUCUUCACCACAGAAAGCAAGUCAGCACCAAGUUUUAUUUUUGUUACCAGAUGUAGCACAUGCUAAGAAUCCAACUCAUUCCAUUAAAAAACUACCUACCUCUGCUUCCGUUGGUUGUGACAUUCAGAAUUCAGUAGGGAGUAGUAUAAAGUCAGAUAGCACUUUAAUAAAUCAAGUAGAGGUGGGUGAGAAUAGUGAAGAUUUAUUGGUAAAAGAUGAUUGUGUCAAUACAUUAACAGGAGCUGCCUCAGGUACAGAUGAAUUUAGGUCAGAAAAUGAUACAAACUGGGACCCCCAAAAAGAGUUCAUUCAAUUUCUUAUGACUAAUGAAGAUACAGUAGAUAAAGGCCCAGUUCACUCUAAAGUAGGUCUAGAAAAAAAGAGAAAACGGAAAAUGGAUGUAAGCAAGAUAACUCGUUAUACUGAGGAUUGCUUUAGUGAUUCUAAUUGUAUACCCAAUAAAUCCAAAAUGCUAGAAGUAGACUUUCUGGAACAAAAUGAAGAACUACAAGCAAUAGACUCACAGAAAUAUGCAUUAUCAAAAGUGAAGCCUGAAUCAACUGAUGAAGACUUGGAAUCUGUGGAAGGUUUUCAACAUCUAAUAUAUAACCCAGAUAAGUGUGAAGAAGACAGUUCACCUGUCCAUACUAGCACUUUUCUUUCAAAUUCUUUAAAAAAGAAAUGUGAAGAGAGUGAUUCCGAGUCACCUGCUACUUUCAGCACCGAAGAGCCAUCAUUCUACCCCUGUACAAAGUGCAAUGUGAAUUUUAGGGAGAAGAAGCACCUCCACAGGCAUAUGAUGUAUCAUUUAGAUGGGAAUAGUCACUUUCGUCAUUUAAAUGUCCCAAGACCGUAUGCUUGUAGAGAAUGUGGACGGACUUUUCGAGACCGCAACUCACUUUUAAAGCACAUGAUUAUUCACCAAGAAAGAAGACAGAAGUUGAUGGAGGAAAUUCGUGAAUUGAAAGAACUUCAGGAUGAAGGAAGGAAUGCCCGAUUACAGUGCCCUCAGUGUGUGUUUGGUACCAAUUGCCCUAAAACAUUUGUGCAACAUGCUAAAACCCAUGAAAAAGAUAAAAGGUACUACUGUUGUGAAGAGUGUAACUUCAUGGCAGUGACAGAAAAUGAAUUGGAAUGCCACCGAGGCAUUGCCCACGGAGCAGUGGUAAAAUGCCCCAUAGUCAGUUCUGAUAUAGCCCAGAGAAAAACGCAAAAAAAGACAUUCAUGAAAGUCUCUGUUACAGGGUCAUCCAAAAAAUCAACUGCCUACAUAUGCAAGAUGUGUCCUUUUACUACUUCAGCCAGAAGUAUUUUUAAAAAACACAUGGAAUACCUACAUUCAUCAUCAUGCACUGAAUCAUUUGGUAGUCCUCUUGGACUUGACAAAAGAAAAAGUGAUAUCCUUGAAGAACCUAUAGAUAUUGUUAGUACUAAACCAUUAAUUAAACAACAGUUAUCCACAUUUCCAAAGAACUCUGCUCUAAAACAAGAUGUAAAACGAACAUUUGGAUCAGCUUCACAAUCAAGUAAUUUUUCAAAAUUCCAUAAGCGGCCACACAGAAUACAAAAAGCUCGGAAAAGUAUCGCCCAGUCAGGUGUAAAUGUGUGCAAUCAAAACAAUUCUCAUAAGACUGUUACGAAUAAAAACAGCGUUGACCAAAAAGCUAAGUAUUUACAUCAAGCAGCAAAAGAAAAAACCAACGUCAAGACAAAUAGCAGCUAUUUAUAUAGACAUAAAUAUGAAAACUACAGGACGAUCAAAAAAUCAGGUGAAUCAUAUCCUCUACAUUUUAAAAAAGAAGGUAGUUCAUUAAAUUCUUUACAUCUGUUUUCAUCAUCAAGUAAUUCUCACAGUGAUAGUUUAAUUUCGGAUUCUCAUAACUCUGACACCAAAAGGCCAGAAAAUUUCAAAGAGCAUAGGCGUGUAGCUGUAAAGAGAGUAGCUAAGGAAUCUAAAAAGGAAAGCUCUGUUGGAGAAGAAGACUUGGAUAGCUAUCCAGAUUUUUUGCAUAAAAUGACAGUUGUUGUUUUGCAAAAACUUAACUCUGCUGAAAAGAAAGAUAGCUAUGAAACAGAAGAUGAAAGUUCUUGGGAUAAUGUUGAGCUAGGUGACUACACUACACAAACUAUAGAAGAAGAAACCUAUAAUGAUAUUAAUCAAGAACAUGUAAACUUAUUCCCUCUAUUUAAAAGCAAGGUAGAGGGUCAAGAACCUGGAGAAAAUACUACUCUUAGUUAUGAUCAGAAUGAUGGCUUUUAUUUUGAAUAUUAUGAAGAUGCAGAAACUAAUAACUUUUUGAGUGAGAUACAGGAUCCUCAGCAUUUAGAAAACGCAGAAACUUCAUUGUCAAAGCAUAGUUCUGUUUUUCAUUGGUCUGAAUUGUCUCUUGAGAAGAAAUCUUGUCCUUACUGCCCAGCAACAUUUGAAACAGGUGUUGGCUUAUCAAAUCAUGUUCGGGGACAUCUUCACAGAGCAGGAUUAAGCUAUGAAGCGCGUCAUGUUGUGUCACCAGAACAAAUAGCCACAAGUGACAAAAUGCAGCAUUUCAAAAGGACUGGUACAGGAACACCUGUUAAGCGAGUCAGAAAAGCUAUAGAGAAGUCUGAAACCACUUCUGAACACACUUGUCAACUGUGUGGCGGUUGGUUUGAUACUAAAAUUGGAUUAUCAAAUCAUGUGAGAGGCCACCUGAAAAGACUGGGAAAGACCAAAUGGGAUGCUCACAAAUCUCCAAUCUGUGUUCUGAAUGAGAUGAUGCAAAAUGAAGAAAAAUAUGAAAAAAUCUUAAAGGCAUUGAACAGUCGCCGUAUUAUUCCCAGACCAUUUGUAGCUCAAAAAUUUUCAUCAAGUGAUGACUUUUUAUCCCCAAAUGUUAUACCUCUUGAAGCAUACCAUAAUGGCCUAAAGACUGAAGCUGUAUCAGUGUCUGCAUCAGAGGAAGAUGGGCUGAGUUUCUUAAAUGAAUAUGAUGAAACAAAACCAGAACUGUCUAGUGGAAGAAAGUCUCUGACACUGAUAGAACUUCUUAAAAAUAAAAGGAUGGGAGAAGAAAGGAAUUCUGUUCUUUCUCCUCAAAAGAUUCAUAAUCAAACUGCAAGAAAGAGAUUUGUUCAGAAAUGUGUACUUCCAUUAAAUGAAGAUAGUCCGUUGAUGUACCAACCACAAAGAAUGGACUUGACUAUGCACUCAGCCUUAGAUUGUAAGCAAAAGAAAUCAAGGUCAAGAUCUGGAAGUAAGAAGAAAAUGCUGGCGUUACCUCAUGGUGCUGAAGAGGUUUACAUUCUCCGAUGCAGGUUUUGUGGCCUAGUCUUUCGAGGACCAUUGUCUGUUCAGGAAGACUGGAUUAAGCACUUACAACGACACAUUGUAAACGCUAAUCUUCCACGGACUGGAGCUGGCAUGGUGGAAGUCACGUCACUACUUAAAAAGCCUGCCUCCAUUACAGAAACUUCAUUUUCUCUACUAAUGGCAGAAGCAGCUUCAUAGAACAAGGAAACCUUUAAUAGCAAAUUUGAAUUGGGUGUAAAUUUGAAAUUCUUUUUUUUUUUUUUUUUAAGCCACAUUAAAUUAUUCAUUUAUAAAUACUAAAGCAGGAAAAUGGGGAAAAGUGAAUUACAGUGACAUCAGAGCAAAUUGAGUACUUAAAACAGUAAGUAGUCUAUAUAUUUUAUAUAGGGUGGAAGAUGUGUUUUUAAGGUUUACUACGUUUUGUCAGUUAACUGUGUUCACUCAAAAGAUUAUUUCAUGUAAGCAGUCAUUUAUAAACUGUUGCACAUGAGUACCUAUAGACAAACUUAUUAAAAAAUUAUGUUUUCUUCAGUGUUAACCAGAAUCAAGGCUCUGUUUAUUCCCCACAAGACUUGCAUAGAAAAAUAAGAUAUUAUAUUUUGUUUGUAUGUACUUAGUGUUUUGUAUAAUACCAGGAACCGCUAACUAAAUUUACUCAAUUUAGGGCAUUAAAUAUCAUGUAUUUCAUAGUUUGAGACUGUUCACUCAAAUAGGGCAAUGAGUACUAUUCUAUCUAGAUGUGUAAGUGUUUUUUUAAAAUCACACGAAACGGUUUUUUUUAUACUAAAAAGUGGAGGGAGGUUUGUUUAAACAAAUAUUUCUAAAAGAAAUAUGUACAUAGUCCUGGAAAUUAUUUGUGGUAAGGAAAUAUUCUUUACUCCAGUUGCAUUUCUCAGACAAUAAAGUGGUGCAUCCAUGCUACCUCCUACUUUGUCAACAAAGAUGCUAUUUACCCUUUACAUUUUUGUAUCAUAAUAGAUUUAAAAAAUCUAAUGUUCUUUAUUGCAAGACAUCCUUUUGUUAACAGAUUUGUUUCUUUUUAAUGUUUUACCUGAAAUUUGACAUGCUUACAGGACAGGUUUGCCUCUUUAUUUAACAUUGUAGAAAUGUAUGUAAUUAAUAAACGAUGCUCACUACACAAUUUAGAAUAGACUUUCUCAUUUAUAUUCUCUUCCAAAUUUGAUCAGCUAGCAAAACUUAAUACACCAGUUGACAUAUUUCUACAUAUGAUGAGAAUGUUUACAAUUUAAAUUUUAGAACUUGUUUUGGAUGUAAUUAUAUGUACGAAAUCGUGUAACACUAUGCUCAUGCUAAGAACCGACAUAACGGAAUUACUGAAAUAAAUGUGCUGUGAGGAAUGGAAAAUAUGGUGCAGGUGUCUUGGUCAUGAUAAAUUGUGAUUCUUCUUUGAACUCUUUCCAAAAACAAAUUAGUUAUUUUAAUUUGAAAUCAGAUUCAUUUAUAAGUAACAGUUUUUGUAUGCAAGCACCAUUUCAUUUUAUUUCACAUAGUAUGGCUAAUACUAUAGAUGAACCAAGGAUUUAUACUGGUUUUUGUAUGUAAAUAAAGUUAAAAACGGUUAAAAUACGGAGUAUUAUGAUAGAGUUUAUACAUACCUCACUGCCAGUGAAAUUGCUUGCCUAUGGUUUAUCCAUCUCCUUAUCAGAAAAGUCUCUUUUUUUAAAAAAAAAAGUCUUAAAGAAA